AUGCCCAGCUCAACAAGGCGUCGGCGUGUAGACGACAGCGAAGAGGAACAAGAUGUCGCUCCGCCCUCGCAAAGACGAACGCAAGCUUCCACAUCCGCAUCGGCAUCUGCUGGUCCGAGUCGCUCACAACGAAAUUCUCCAACAUCAUCGAUCACAAACGGCAUUGAUCUCACCGCAGAGCUUCGUCCGCAGCCUCUGGGCAAAGAGCACAUCAGCAACAUCAACGGUCUCAUGGCCGACCUCAAGGCACAAGAUUCGAGCAUCGCCAAAUGCAUCGAGCUACUGAGCGAAACGGCAGAACAGGCGGCAGAAGCUUUCCGGCACCAAGAUGAAUGUCCCCAACUUGAACAAGCGGACGCAGAUCUCCGCGAACUCAUCGAUGCGCAAGCAGAAAAGGCGAUCCGAAAGAGUGUCCUGAUGGAGAUUGUGCAGGAUCUUCAGGCUGGAGUCGGAGAUCCAGCGAAGCGAUACAAAGAUGAAGUACAGAAGAAGUUGGAUGCUUACAACAAGCAAACCUCACGCAAGAAGUACGCCAAGAACACAGACUAUCACAACUUCAAGAAUGUCGUCUGGGUAGCAAGGGAAGAAGGAGCCAUGCCUCCUGUUCGAGAUCUCAUCCCUGCAGAAGAAGGUGAUGAUCAAGGCUCGGAUGACGAUCUGGAGAUUGGAGGCGUUUCGCAGAACUUCCGCUGUCCACUCACAACCAACCUUCUCGAAGAUCCUCUCACAAAUACCAACUGCACACACUCAUACUCGCGCAGCGCUAUCAUGGAAUAUGUUGCGGCAGGCAACAACCGUUGUCCUGCCUCGUCGUGUACUGCAACAGUCACCCAACGAACACUCAAGCAAGAUCCGGCGCUAUCAAGAAAGGUGGCGGCAUUCAAGAGAAGAGAAGAGGAGCGUAUCAUUGCUCGACGUCAAAUUUCGACCGUUUUGUAUUGA